AUGAAGACCCUUGGCCUGUUCAUACUCAUCCUGGGCCAGGUAGCAUUGGCUCUUCGUUAUGAUCCACAAUUCUCUGAGUGGAAUCUCAACGAGAACAAAACCGCAAGGACUGUUCUUGAUUACUGGAGCAGAUGGCCAGGGCAUGAGUACAAACCCUCCCCCACUAACUGGCGAUUUCCAUUUUACACACUCUUCCUCGAUCGCUUCGUUGACGGCGAUCCUUCAAACAAUGAUAUUAACGGCACGGUGUUCGAAACCGACAAUCUUUCAAACCAGUUUCGGUUUGGAGGUGACUUGGCUGGUCUGAAUGAGACACUUGAUUACAUACAAGGCAUUGGGGUGAAAGGAAUUUAUAUCGCCGGGACGCCGUUCGAGAAUUUCCCUUGGAAAUCUGAUAGUUACUCACCACUCGACUUGAGUCUUCUGGACAAACAUUACGGCACUAUUCAGCAAUGGAGAUCCACCAUCGAUGAGAUUCACCGAAGAGGUAUGUAUGUCAUGGCAGACAGCACAUACGGCACUAUGGCAGAUUUGCUCGGAUUCAAAGGAUUUCUCAACAGUUCUGCGCCGUUAAACCCGCUCGAAUACCAAACAGUUUGGAAGGGAGAUCAGAGAUACUUCGACUUCAUGCCAAGUGAUAGAUACAACGAGGAAUGUCAAUAUCCUGCUUUCUUUUCUGAGGAAGGAAAGCCAAUCAAACAUGGUUCCGACUCAUUCUUUGACCAGCUGAAGGGUUGUUACGACAGUGAUUUUGAUCAGUAUGGGGCCAUUGAUUCAGUUGACCUAGCACCCGACUGGAAGAAGUCUCUCGCCAAAGCUGGCUUGGUUCAGGAUCGACUUCGAGAAUGGGUUCCAUCCGUAAGAGAGAAGAUCGAGCACUUCACAUGCAUGUUGAUAACAUCAUUGGAUAUCGACGCUCUUCGUUUUGAUAAAGCCGGACAGAUUACCGUCGAUGCAUUUGCAAGCACAUCUCAGGCAAUCCGUGAAUGUGCGUCUCUCUUAGGCAAGGAUAAUUUCUUCAUCGGCGGCGAGUUUACAAGCGGCAACUCUUACGCGUCGAUUUAUCUCGGCCGUGGACGUGAGCCAGACAUGAGGCCAAUAAACCAGACAGAGGCUAUUCUUCUCACAAAUGCCUCGAAUGACCGUUACUUUCUUCGAGAACCAGAGAAGCAUGCAGCAGAUGGGGCAGUGUUCCACUACAGCAUAUAUCGAGCGCUUACCAGGUUUUUGGGUAUGGAUGGCAACUACACGGCACCAUGGGACAUAAGCGUCAACUUUGCUGACGCCUGGAAUGACAUCCUAAUAUCAAAUGACCUCAUCAAUGCUAAUACCGGGGAGUUCGACCCGAGACAUAUGAUGGGAACCGCCAACCAAGAUACUUUUCGAUGGCCAUCUAUCAGACAAGGCACAGCCAAGAUGCUGUUAGGGCAAUUCAUCACCUCACUACAUUUGCCUGGGAUUCCUCUUCUGCUCUGGGGUGAAGAACAAAAUUUCUACCUUCUUGACAGCACUAGUCCCCUCGGCGUUUUUGGUCGACAGCCAAUGAGUUCGUCGCCAUCAUGGCAGACCCAAGGAUGCUACGAGCUUGGUUCGAGUCUCUAUAAUGGAUUUCCAGUCGAAUCUGCGUUGACCGGGUGUUAUGACCCUCAGGUGGGUCUUGAUCACCGGGAUUCCUCUCAUCCAGUGCGCAAUAUCAUAAAGUCGUUUUACUAUCUACGAGAAAAAUUCCCUUCCCUCAGGGAUGGCUUCUACCUGGAGAAUUUAUCUAAGAAAACCCACAAUAUAACUCUUCCAGGAUCCAACGGUACACCAACAGAACUCGGACUUUGGGGUGUUGUUCGUGAUCAAUAUCCCGGCGUAAAUGACGUCGAUCCAAGCAACAAUACUGCAGUAUGGCUCGUCUAUCAUAACGAAAACAGCUCAGUGGAAUAUGACUUUGACUGCACCUCGCCUUUCAAGAGCUUCCUAGCGCCCUUCAGUGGAGGAGUCAAAGUCAGGAACCUGCUGGCACCCUACGACGAGAUCUCGUUGCAAUCAAGUCAGGUCAGACUGGGGAUACAUGGCUCCGAGGAAUAUAAUGGCUGUUUAGGCUCAAGUAAUUUCGGAGCUUUUGAUUUCAGAGCCUAUGUUCCAUCAGAGCAAUGGAUCGCUCCUCCCGUGGUGAUGACCAAGUUUGCUCCUGGUCACGACGCUCGAAUUGAAUCUAACACUACGAUCAACGAACAGCAGAAGGUGGAUAUAGAGAUACAGUUCUCAGAAAAGCUGGAUUGUGACACGAUCACUAAUAGUGUCACCAUAUCAUCCACCACCGAUGGUGGGAGAGUUCCCAAAAUCCUUGAAGAUAGCGUAUCAUGUGAAACAAUUCAAUCAGAGCCCACAGAAUACAUUGGCCAGAUUCCUUCCGCAUGGUCCUGGAAGGCUACACUAGAAGAUGUCACUCAUGGGAUCCAUACCUUGACGGUCAAAAAUGCCUCCACAGCAACAAAAUCCAGGUUCACAAACUCUGUCGAUCGGUUGAUUUUUCGAAUCGGACGCAAAGACAACCCAGUAGUUUUUCCAAUGACUGCAAAUUAUACAACCUCUGGACUCACUGAAUUCUCAGACAAGAAUGGUUUUCUUGUGGAGCACAAAGCUCCAGGUGCAGACAAAUGGCGUUAUUCAAGCAAUUGGGGCAGCUCUUGGAGCCCCUGGAUUGUCUAUGAUGGAGUCUCAACCAAUAUCAAAAACCUACCAUGGUCUGGCACCGAACGACAACAAUGGGAUGGAGGACAUGUUAUUCUUCAAUACUGGAGCAAGGCGGCUGGGAGUAGCCAGCAUAUUCAACACAUGGAUGUGGAAGGAACAAAAAAGGCCCCGAGGAGAUUCCCUCACUUGUUUGCCUUUGGAGACUUCAAUCGCCACGGACAGGAUAUCGGCCUGUCAAACACCUUCUCUCAUGAUGGUAAUGAUGGCAAAUGGAAAUUCCACUUGUCGGCUGAAUGGCCUUCUCAAUUCCAGGUGAAUGUUUGGGGAGUCAAUCCAGACAAGAAGCUCGACAGGACCUUUCAGCUCGGCGAUACCCUAAAUAGUAGUCGGCUCAACCGAUUACAACCAGACUCGUUAUCUGUUAUGGACAACAUCGUCAAUUUUUCCCAAUUUCCCCCUGCACCAUACAUGGCCUACCGAAUGGAAUUAAAUGACGGCAACUUGAAAUUUGAGCUUGUCCCAGUCGGGCAACGCCUUCACCAACAGAUUAUCUAUCUCUUGUUAUGGGUUCUGCCAAUUGUCACUGCUGCCCUCAGUGUCUGGAUCUACAUGGGCGCAUUUUACAAUAUCACUUUCAACCGUACUGGUGUUGGAAUUCGUCUUCCACUCUCCUUUCUUCCGGCCUUCAUCCGUCCCCAUAAAGGCUUUAAAAAGCUUAGUGGUGAAGAAGGUCAAGAAACCCAAAUGGUGCAACUGGGAGGUACGGCUGUCUCUGGAGUUCUCCCGCUGGCCGUACCGGCAAAUCUGAAGCCAAAGCGAACAGUAUUGUUGGCCACCUUGGAAUAUGAUAUAGAAGAUUGGAGCAUAAAAAUCAAAAUCGGUGGGCUCGGUGUGAUGGCUCAACUGAUGGGAAAGAAUCUUCCACACCACGACAUUAUAUGGGUGGUUCCCUGUGUUGGGGGAGUCGAUUAUCCUAUUGACACUACAGCUGAGCCUAUGUCCAUCGCCAUCGCCGGCACCGUCUAUGAUGUCCAAGUCCAAUACCACAAGCUACGGAACAUUACAUACGUCCUUCUCGAUGCCCCUAUUUUCCGCGAACAAACCAAGUCAGAACCAUAUCCACCCAGGAUGGAUGAUCUUCGCAGCGCAAUAUACUACAGCGCGUGGAAUAGCUGUAUAGCCGAGACAGUGAAGCGGUUUCCUAUCGACAUCUAUCAUAUCAACGACUACCAUGGCGCGAUUGCCCCGCUUUACCUACUCCCACGCACCGUUCCCUGCUGCUUAUCAUUGCACAAUGCCGAGUUUCAAGGUCUUUGGCCUCUCCGCGAUCAAAAAGAGCUCGAUGAAAUCAGUGAGGUAUUCAACCUUAAAAUUCCCGUUAUUCGGAAAUAUGUGCAAUUUGGUGAAGUCUUCAACCUUCUUCAUGCCGGAGCUAGCUAUCUUCGAGUCCAUCAGCGCGGCUUUGGUGCAGUGGGCGUGUCUAAUAAAUAUGGAGAUCGCUCUUAUGCACGGUACCCUAUUUUCUGGGGCCUGAAAGAGAUCGGCAAGCUUCCUAACCCAGACCCGUCCGACACAGAACCCUGGGAUCCCGAAGCAGAAGCCCGUCAGGUUAUUCAGGUUGAUCCUGCGUAUGAAAGCUCCCGAGGCAACGACCGCCGUGAAGCGCAGAAAUGGGCAGGGUUAAAAGUAGACCCAACUGCUGAGUUAUUCGUAUUCGUCGGCCGGUGGUCAGUUCAAAAAGGUGUCGAUCUCAUAGCCGACGUCUUUCCUGCAGUUUUGGAGAAGUAUUCAAACGUGCAGCUGAUUUGCGUCGGUCCUGUCAUAGAUAUGUACGGAAAAUUUGCCGCCCUCAAGCUGCAGGAAAUGAUGACGGUCUACCCAGGACGAGUAUUCUCUAAGCCCGAGUUCACUGCUUUGCCACCUUACAUCUUUACGGGCGCUGAAUUUGCUCUUAUACCAUCGCGUGAUGAGCCAUUUGGCCUCGUGGCAGUAGAAUUUGGCCGAAAGGGAGCCUUAGGAGUCGGGGCUUUGGUUGGUGGACUUGGACAAAUGCCAGGCUGGUGGUUCCCCGUCGAGUCAAUGACAGUGAAGCAUCUCCAGAAGCAGUUUAAAUCGGCGAUUGAGAGCGCAAUCGGAUCAAAGCAGGCAGAUCGUGCCAUGAUGCGGGCAAACUCGGCAAAACAACGCUUCCCAGUAGCUCGAUGGGUGGAGGAUCUUGAUUACUUGCAACUACGGUCGAUCCGCAUGCAUGAACAGGAAGGCGACCCGGCUGGGCGCAAGCAUCAUCGUUUUUCACGAUCUGGUGGCCCCGAAUUUAGCCAAACAUCACUAGUCAUGAUGCAGACCCCAAAUCUGCACAUCGAUGAGAUAAAUCCUAUCCCUAGGUCUUCGGAUGGGGUCCCAAGUCGGACGUUAUCAUUGGGUGUCCGCUCUGGUCCUGGGCACCAGCCACGACGAACCAUUUUGCAUGAGGGUACCGCGCUCACACCCAGAUUGGAGGAGGUUCACGAUGUCGAUGAGAUUUCUAUAUCGGCGGAAGAAGCCGAGGCUAUUGUCAACGGAGAGCCUUCUCUCGACGACAACGUGCAACAGGAGGGUCAACGAGGUCGUUCUGUUUCAGAAGCUUCACUGAGCUCUAUCACAGGAACACGCAAGAGUUUUUCUCUGGAAAAUGCAGACCCCACAUUCAAAGACGAAACUGGGAAGUAUUCACGCUAUUUUCAAGGCAUGCUGCAGCGACUUAAUGGCAAGAACUCUGAAAACGAUCUUUGUAUUGAGGAUUUCAUUGUGUCAAGCGAGAAAGAAUGGUCCGACGACAUGCGACAAGUCAAGAUGGGUCGUGUAUCCCGCAGCCCUUCACCGAUGGUUAGAUCUCGAAUUUCACCUUCCCUCAACGAUGAUUUUGACGAUGAACUCGAUGGCGAUGGAUCUGCUUCGGAAGACUUAUCCGCGCAGGGAUUUUUGCUGCCUGACAGAAUCCAACGUCCACCUGCAUUCCAGCGCUGGUUAUCGACUCGCAUAUUUGAUUGGCCAAUCUACUCGAUUUUUCUCGCUUUGGGCCAGAUAAUGGCUGCUAAUUCAUCUCAAAUUACGCUCCUCACUCCAGGAUCAUGGGGUGGCUCCUCGGCUCUCUACAUUAUGGGAAGCUUGUACAUUGUCACAACUUGUGGCUGGUGGCUUGCAUUUCGACGCAUCCAGUCUUUUUACUUACUUUCGUUGCCAUUUAUUCUCUAUGGCCUUGCAUUCUUCAUCAUUGGUAUUGCGGCUUUUAUUCCCAGUACUUCAGGCCAAACCGGGGCGUUCUAUGUUGCCACUGCUCUCUAUAUCAUCGGCUCUUCCAGUGGGUAUCUGUUCUUUUCGCUCAAUUUUGGCGACGACGGAGGCUCAAAGAUGGAAUCUUGGGUGUAUCGUGCAUGCCUUAUUCAGGGAACGCAGAACAUCUAUGUUGCUGCACUCUUUUUCUGGGGCACUGAGAUGAGUACAGGAAGCCGUACUGGCCCCUUUGCUUCUCCAAGUGUUGCCGCAGGCAUUACAAUGCCUAUUGCUGUUUUGCUAUUUGCCAUAGCAGGAGCGCUCUUUGCUGGUCUGCCAAGCUACUAUCGCCAAACUCCAGGCAAGAUCCCAGCUUUCUACAAGAGCAUCUUUCGAAGAAAAAUCAUCAUCUGGUUUUCAGUGGCAGUAAUAUUGCAGAACUACUUCCUUAGCAUGAGCUACGAGCGAAACUGGCAAUACCUCUGGGGGUCUAAGUACGCACCUCCUUGGAUGGUCAUCUUACUGGCCUUGUUCUUUUUCAUCGGGGUCUGGUACAUAAUCCUUGCACUAUUAGCUUGGAGAUCAAAGACUCAUUCUUGGAUCUUGCCUAUAUUUGCUAUUGGACUCGGUGCCCCGAGAUGGGCACAGAUGCUCUGGGGCACGUCUGGUAUCGGACUGUGGGUACCGUGGGUCGUGGGGGGUUCACGCGGCAGUGCUAUCGGCGGUCGAAUACUCUGGCUGUGGCUGGGCGUUCUGGAUUCCAUACAGGGGGUUGGAUUUGGCAUGAUGCUGUUGCAGACACUAACACGGAUCCAUAUUGCGGUGGCUCUGUGCGGGGCGCAGUUAAUUGGCACUGCGACAACAUUGAUCGCUCGCGCUAGUGCGCCGAAUCGUGAUGGACCUGGCGAUGUUUUCCCUGAUUUUUCGGCAGGUAUCAUCGAAGGAAUCUCAAAACCAUGGUUUUGGAUUGCAUUGAGCUGCCAGUUAGCCAUCCCUGUUGGAUUCUUCAUGUUUUUCCGCAAGGAGCAGCUGACCAAGCCUUGA